UCACAAGUCGGCUGGAGUUCAUCAGCUAAACUUUCGCUGAAUCAUGACCAUACAAAUGCGAAAAGCUUAUCAGGGAUCAGCUCAACAAUAACCAGUAUUGUGAAAGCAAUGAAUAGCAGUGACAACUCAACGGUUGCAACUUUAACCCGACCACAUGACGAGAUUAUUUCGCUAUCAGUUUCUUUGGCCAUCAUCAUUGCAUUGAGUCUCUGUGGGAACUUUCUACUGAUUUUGGCAUUCGUAAGAGACGAUCGACUGAGAGCAAGCUUCGCCAACAAGUUAAUCAUGAGUCUUGCCAUGGCUGACUUCCUGACAGCUGCUUUCCCAUUAACUUACCAACUUGUUACACUUAUAAAUGUUGAUCUUAUCAGAAAUGGUGGGUUUCUGUGUACUGUAGGAGGACUGGCAUCGUAUUCAUUUUUCUUUACUUCUGUUWUUACGUUGGUAAUGCUGAGUGUUGAUCGAUUCAUUGCCCUCGGCUUUCCACUGCGGUAUAAACAACUCAUGAAACCAAAAACACAGCUCUUCAUGAUUACGUACCCGUGGAUUCACGGCGCGUUGUUCUUUGCGUUUUGUGCAGUUUUCACUGAUGUGAAAUACGGGCCUAAAAGUUUUGAUUGUGGUUUAUCUUGGAAAACGCGUUCAGUAGCGUUUACGUUGACGAUCUUGAUGAUCCAUAUUGGGAUUCCUUUGUUUUUGCUGAUUGUUUUGAAUACAUGGACACUGGCGUUAGUGAGGGCACAGAACAAGAAAAUCCUGGAAUACAGUAGAAAGGAUGCUGUUAAUAAAGACAACAGCGCAACAAGAAAAGCGUACAAUAGAAGAGCAAACAUUGAAUGCAGGCUUGCAAGAGUUUCCAUCGUUAUCAUAUUCGUCUUUCUCGCAUGUUGGACACCAUAUGUAGUUACCAGAACUUUUGAAUUUUUUGGUCUCAGCCUCUCUUCGGGGUUAAUGUCCGGGGCGGCCUGGUCAGUGCAUGCGUCAUCAUUUGUUAAUCCAAUGAUUUAUUCGUCUCUUCGAGCUGACCUGCGCAGAUCAAUGUUCAGCGUCUUCCGGUGCUGUAAGUUAAGGGUUUCUCACGAAGUUAAACCAACGUCGGAUGUGAAACUUGUCACGGUUGGCAGUAGUGGUGAUUGCGUGACGACGAGCACCACAAGACAAUUUAACGCACUAAACGUCAAUAACGCUUAAAACUCCUUAAAACUUMAURUUUAUUUAUAUCCUUAUAAUUGUCUUUCUUUGAUGGGUUUCCUGUGUAAUGUGCGCGAAACAGUGGUGCACUCGCACACAACUGCCUCGAAUAGCACACUUGAUCAUGUGACAAAGAAAGGAUUUGAAACGAGGCAAGAAGACCUUUAAAUUUAUGUGGCAUACGCCAAGUUGACUGAUUGGUCAUUUAUUUAGUCUCCCACAUGGAAAAACGUCCACUGGCAGGUGAAUUUCGAGAUUAUCUAACUAGAAUUAUUGGUCCUUGUUGUCAGCUGUCUCUGUAAGGCGUUUGAGCAAUGUCAUUAUUUGAUAGUGCAUGAGAGUCAUAUGAGAGUGCAYUUUUAUUCGUUUAAGUCGCGUGGCUAUUCAGACAAGUUUUUUCUUGUUAUUUUCCCUUUGGAAACAAGUUAACGCAGUGAUCGCGAAAUAAAAUUUAGAGUUACUGCCGU